AUGGGGAGGAAAUUCAGGCAGAAGAGAAGACAGGAUAUGGGUUAUUCUGCGUUAGCGGACUUGAUUUACCAUAUUUGGAAGACAAGAAAUCAUGCUUUGUGGAAUGGAGCAGUUAAACAUCCUCACAAAAUUGUUAGAGAAAUUCAAUUGGAUGUUUGGAUCAUCUUGGCUUUGUUAUUUCUUGUUGUUUUCAUUUCUGACGUUCAUGCAAAGAGACCAAAUUUUCAGCCUAGCCCAUGGAAACCUGCUAGGGCUACUUUCUAUGGAAAUCCUGAUGGCUCAGGAACUUUUGGGGGAGCAUGUGGAUAUGGGGAUGCUGUGUCCAAGGAAGGCCCAGGGUAUGGGACUCAAACAGCAGCUUUAAGCACACCUAUGUUCAAAAAUGGGGCAGCUUGUGGAUCUUGUUAUGAGCUCAAAUGUGAAGACACUUCAAAGGGUUGCAAACCACGCGCGCCCAUCAUCUCCAUUACCGCCACCAACCUGUGCCCUGAAGGUGGGUGGUGCAGCUCACCUCAGGAGCAUUUUGAUCUCUCUCAACCUGCUUACCUUCAAUUCGCUGUGUACAAGGCUGGUGUUGUCCCAAUUCAAUACCGCAGGGUUCCUUGCAUAAGAAAAGGAGGAAUCCGAUUCACUAUAUCUUCGAAAUCAAACCCAUACUUCCUGUUGCUGUUAGUAUGGAAUGUCGGAGGUGCAGGAGAUGUCGAAAGCGUGAUGAUAAAGGGAGACACCGGAAAGCCAUUCACACCAAUGAAGCGUAACUGGGGUCAAUACUGGGAGAGCCAUGAAAGUUUAGUUGGCCAAGCCAUUACCGUAAGACUCAAAACUAGUGACGGCAAACAGUCUACUUCUUGGCGUGAUAUUCCUAAGAAUUGGCAGUUUGGCCAAACAUAUGAAGGCAAAAACCUUAGUUGAACUUCACCUGCUCAGCUCAACUAUUUCACAACUUCAAUCAUAUUAACUUUGGUUCCCUCUAGGGUUUCUCCUUGGGAGGGUUUUUUCCUAACCUAUGUCGUUAGGUUUUUCUUUUUUUUUUGAAGGUUUUUCCUUCAUUCUUUCUUUUUUCUCUUUGUUUUUUCUUCACUUUUCUUCUUGGUCGCAAUUGUGAAUCUUUGUAGAGGCUUCCACUGGUGUUUGUACCGGUGGAAAACCCCAAAAAUCUUUUUAAUUGCUUCCAAUAAGUAUAUCCCAUCAUUAAGAUGGUAUUUAUUUUAGGAUGUUCCAUUUCUUUUUUUUUGUUCGUCUAAUGAAGAAGGAAGAUCUAACAAUCACUCUUCUUUGUAAGAAUCUGGAGACCACGGAAGUAUUUCCACCCAAACGACUAUGCAUCAGCGGGAGUUAAGCCGAAUCAGGGCGAACUCACAGAUUGUAUUGCUUCAGAUGAAGUUUUUUAU